AAUAUUAACCAUUUAUAGGUCUGCCUCGGAAGCCAGACUUCUGUCAUUCCUGUUGGCAGAAGAAACACGUUUAAUGAUUCAUCUGCCCUAAUUGGAUCAAAUGAAAUACAGGCACGUGGAAAAAUGACACGUGCAUCGAAUGGUGAUUUUCAUAUAUGUACACAGUGUUGUGAUAAAGCGGAUGGUUGUAACAAAGAUCUUUGCACCUCACAUCCAGGAACAAAUCUAAGAUGUCUGUCCUGUGCAGCUGUGCACGAUCCAAAAGAUUGUCAACAAAUAAGAGAAUGUGGUAAGGAUGAGUUUUGUUAUGUACACAAGGGAAUAAGCUCACACAGUAUCACUUACAACAUUCUGUAUGACUUUGGAUGUAUGGGGACCUUGGUAAGUAUUAAAUACGAAAUUAAAUUCAAUAACAAAAAUUGCCUUAUUUCAUAUUGAAAUUAAUGGACAUAA